AUGCGGAUUUUUUAUUGGAAUAUCCGAGGUGUUCGAAAGGCAGCGGCUUCUAGAGCGUUGCAUAUUUUUCUUCGUGAUCACUCCCCUGAUGUGGUGUGUAUUGCAGAGCCCAUGGUGGAUUCUUUUUCUUUCCCUGCUCGUUUUUUUAAUCGACUGGGAUUCAUGUCUGAAUUUAUCCAUAACUCCCGUCUUGAAAAAGUGCCAAACCUAUGGGUAGUCUGGAAAAAUUCUCUUGCGAGGCCUGUGGUGGUUCAGUCUUCAGAGCAGAUGAUUUCAGUUUCUAUGCAAUGGAAUGGUCAGCGGGUUGUGGUUUCUGUGAUUCAUGCUUCGUGUUUCAGGGCAGAGCGUAGGAAUCUUUGGGUGGAGAUGGGCAUUGUGGCUGCCCUGUUCUGUCCAUGGGUUGUUUUGGGGGACUUUAAUGCCACACUAUAUUCCCAUGAGAAGAGGGGUCCUGGUAGAUUCAAUGUGGGUUCCGCGGCAGAAUUCCAGGCCAUGGUGGAUGCUUGUGAUUUGAUUAGCUCUCCUUCCCAAGGAUCCAAUUUUACCUGGACAAACAAUAGAUGUAGAGGACAUGUGGCGGCAAGGCUUGACAGAAGUUUUUUCAAUGCUCAAUGGUUGGACGUUUUUGGUGAUUGUGGUCAGAAGGUGCUCCAUAGAUCAAUUUCAGAUCAUGCUCCAAUCCUUUUUUCCUCAGCAGCGAUUCCUAAGCCUCGAAAUGCCCCUUUCAGACUUCAUCGUUUUUGGAUGAAAGAGGAAUCCUUUGUGGACCUGACUUUCCCUAACUUCGAUGUAGCUCUUAAAGAUGCUACUGCAGAAGUGGAGGAAGUCCAGCGAACUAUUGACCAGAUAGGGAUGUCUGAUGAGUUAUACUCCAGAGAAGCAGAGGCGAAAUCUAAGCUCUUGAAAGCAGUGGAGAUGCACGAAAAGCUUUGGGCUGAAAAAGCUCGCUGCAAUUGGGCGAAACUUGGAGACCGUAACUCAAAAUUUUUUCAUCUAUCGGUUAAGGUGCGACGUAUAAAAAACAGCAUUCGUGCUUUGAAAAAACAAGAUGGUACAAUGGUCUCUGAGCCGCUGCAGAUGGCAGAAUAUGUGUCAUUUUUUUUUGAAAAUUUUCAUAAAGCGGACCAUUGCAUAGAUCAUAUGGAGCUGUUGCAGGUGAUUCCUAAUGAGGUGAAUAGCGAGGACUCUUCCAUAUUAGAAACUAUUCCUGCCAGAGAAGAGAUUAAGAAGGUGGUAUGGGGGUUGGAUCCAGAUAGCUCUCCUGGUCCUGAUGGGUUCCCAGGUGCUUUCUUUAAACAGUGUUGGGAGAUAGUGGGUGACGAUUUUUGUGGGGCUGUGAUUGCUUUCUUCCGCGGUGGGAAGCUUCCGAAUGGGGUAAAUAACAGUUUUGUGACGCUAAUUCCAAAGGUGGAGGGAGCGGUCUCUCUGGAUAAAUUUCGCCCCAUCUGCAUGGCAAACUUUUUCUGUAAAGUCCUAUCAAAGAUCAUGGCUGAGAGGUUAUCUUGCCUUCUUCCUCGAUUGGUGUCAGAUGAGCAAGGGGCGUUCCAGAAAGGUAAGAUUAUUUCAUCUAAUAUUGGAUUAGCCUCUGAGCUUACUAAUUUAUUACAUACAUCUGUCAGAGGGGGUGGCAUGGGUAUUAAGAUUGACGUGCAGAAAGCCUAUGACACAUUGUCAUGGGAUUUUCUUUUUGCGGUCUUGAAAAAAUUUGGCUUUUCGGAUGUUUGGUUAGCUUGGAUUCAUGAAAUUUUGGUUUCUUCUAGAAUUUCAGUUUUAUUGAAUGGUGGUCCAGUGGGUUUCUUUGGAGUUGAGAAAGGAGCAAAACAUGUUAGAUGUCUGAGAGAAUUCCUGAUUAAUUACCAAGAAUUUUCUGGCCAAAAAAUAAGCUUGGAGAAGAGUAAGGGAUGGCAAGGCAAACUCCUUUCAAUGGCUGGUCGUGCAGAGCUCAUUCGGUCUGUGAUCUUAGUGAAGAAAAUCACUGUGAAAUGGGAAGAGAUAUGCCGACCUAAGGAGGAAGGGGGUUUAGGUAUCAGGCGAUUGAGGGAUGUCAACUGUGCAGUGAUUAGCAAACUUGUGUGGCAAAUGAAGCAUGAAGGAUCUGCUUUUAGUUCCUUUUUGCGGGCUAGAUUUGUGAAUGAAGGUGGAGACCUCAAGAAGAGUUAUAGAGCAUCUUCAGUGUUUAAAGGAAUUGCGAAGAUGUGGAAUUUUGUAUCUCUAUCUGAGCGGUGGAUGGUGGGUACAGAUUUCCUGGCGCAGAUGGCUGCUAAGAAGGAAGCAUCUACAUCAGUGGUGGCAUGGCCUCCUGAGGUGCUUGACUUCAUGGCUGAGGAUGCGAUGGGCAGAUCGCGAUUCAGAUUUUAUUAG